AUGAGACUAGUUAUUACAACAGGAUCAUUUGGCUUUAAUCAGUUAAUAGAUCGUAUUAUAUUGUCAAUUGACAUAAUUAGUCUACAAUAUAACGAGAUAUAUAUACAGUACGGUAUGAAAGAACCAGAAUCAUUGAAGAAUUUGUGCUUGGAUGGGAUUCCUGUUAGAAUACAUAAAGUACGUUAUUAUUCUGAUAUAAAUGAGUUUGUGAUGGGUGCAGAUUUAAUUAUAACGCAUGGUGGUACUGGGACUGUUAUUUCCUUAUUGGGAAAUACUUCCUUAUUAGGAAAUAUUCCAUUUAUAGUAAUACCCAAUAAGGAAUUAAUUAAUAAUCAUCAGGUGGAAUAUUGUGAUAGUAUAUCUAGUGAUAUAUUUGUGUCUGACUUGGAUUCUGUUGUGAAUGACAUCCUCAAGGGGGGAGUACAGAAGAGACGGCUUGGUCUGUCAGAGUCACUGUGGGCCGAGGAGAUCAUGCCUUAUUUGUGA